AUCACUGAUUCUUAUUUGGGAACUUGUAGGCCAACACCCACACUUUCUCUCUCUACUUCUUGAUUUUCCGGCCCCUCUCUCUGCAGAGACAGCAGUCAACCACAAAGGAAAGAGAGGAGGGAGAAAGAAAGAAAAAGAAAAAGAGGCAACCCCACUACUACUCCCACUUGUUCCUUAAAAAUAAUAACCUCAAAAAUUCUUCAUAUUUGAUAUUUCUCUCUCUAGCUAGGAUUGUGUCCUCCGAUUCAUGCCAAUUGGACGAGGAUUUGGAGAUUAAAGGAAGUUUUCUGGGACCAAACCUUAAACCUACCUGUGUGUCUUUGGUUUCUGUUCUGUCCCAAGAAAAUGGAUUUUAUGGAGCCACAUAGUAACAAAAGCAGUGGUAGUGGUAAUGGUAAUGGUGCUGCUAGUAGUAAUAAUACCUCUGACCACCACAACCAUCACCACCGUCCAACCCCACCGGCGAAUCAAGAACCGCCGCCGUCUUCCCUCCAAUUGGUUCCCCACAUAAGUCAACCCGACCCGGCUGGCCCUGGGUCCGGCAAGGCCCCCGCCACUCAGCCCCGUGAUCCAUUCAUGGGCUCCAUUUCAACCCAAAAUGCUACCAACAAUACAAACUCUAAAGUGGUUGCCAAGAAACCCUCCAAGGACCGCCACACCAAGGUGGACGGUCGGGGCCGCCGGAUUCGCAUGCCGGCGUUGUGCGCCGCCCGGGUGUUUCAGCUGACGAGGGAAUUGGGUCACAAAUCCGACGGCGAGACCAUAGAGUGGCUGCUGCAGCAAGCGGAGCCGGCGAUUAUCGCCGCCACCGGAACCGGCACAAUUCCGGCCAAUUUCUCGACUCUCAACGUGCCUUUGCGCAGCAGCGGGACUACGAUUUCGGCUCCGGCCACCAAGUCCGGUCCUCUCUUUAUCCACGGCGGCGCCACCGCUAUGCUGGGGUUCCACCACCAGUUCUCCACCGCCGGGUAUGGGCACGACCCGGAUGAGAAUUUCAUGAAGAAGAGGCUAAGAGAGGACACAAGUGGCGCAACCUCACCCUCAGCCGCUAAACCGGAUAGAACCGGAGUCCAAGGGCAUGAACCGGGGGCAGACUCUAUACCCGGUUCAUCUCAACCGUCCAGCUUCAUCCCGGCUCCGGCCAUGUGGGCGGUGGCUCCCGCCGCCGGAAACGUCGGCAACACCUUCUGGAUGCUCCCUGUGAGCGGCGGCGGCGGCGCCACCACGGCCACGGUAGGAGUAGCGGCGGCGGCGGCUCAGCAAGAGCAACACCAGUUUUUGCACUACAAGGGAUCAGCAGGGCUGCAAAGGAUUGGCGGGUUCGAGUUCCCCGGUUCAGCCCGGUUCAGUCCGGUUCAGCUUGGGUCCAUGGUGCUGCAACAGCCACAGCCGGUUCAGCAGCUAGGGCUUGGUGUCUCAGAAACCAACAUGGGAAUGUUGGCCUCCAUUAAUGCAUAUAGUGGAGGUGGAAGUAGGGUUGAUUUGGGCAUGAACUUGGAACAACAACAACAACAUCAUCAUCAUCAUCAACAUCAUCAGCAUCAUCAAAACCAACCUCAAACAAGUGACAGUGGAGAUGAAAACCCCACCGCCUCCCAAUAGUUUCAAGAAUUGUUCAAACACCAGACACUAGUUCUCUCGAUUACCUAAUGGGUCGCAAAGUUAUCGGGAUUUACUCGAAUACUGUACUGGCGAGUCGGGGUGUGGGGCUGAGGGUAAGGGAAUUUCGCCUGUUGUGGGCAAGAAUUGUUCAAAAACUUCAUGCAAACUUCUAUUUUGGUUGAAUUAUUGAAGAAUUUAGUGGAAUUAGGACAAGAAUGUGGGCAUUGUGUAAAUAAUGUUGUCUCAAUCUUUUUCUACCUUUAGAGAUAAGGUUUCAAAUGUCACUAGUUGUGUUAUGAUUCCUUGUUUUUUGGUCUGUCAUUUGGCAUUUUUGGAGCUAAGGUAGCUAGCUAAGCUAGCAUGGAGCUAGAAGUGUUGGGUUUGAAAUGGAAGGUUGAGUUGAAUUGAUGGCAUGGAUAAAUGGGGCUUUUGCUUUUGCCCUUUUGGAUUCUCUUUGAAGAUAACAUAAAGAAAAAAAUCAAUCAUGUAUGCCCUCAAGUCUUGAUAAUUGAGUCAAGAUUUCUCCAAUCAAACAUGCACCCAUUGCAUGUAUGUCAAAUGUA